AUGGUUCGCCUCCGCGAUGGCAUGUGGCUGCCUGCCGAGGGCACCGCGACGGAAUAUGCAGAAGAGGUCUAUUACACCACCGAGAUCGAGGGCGGAACCGGUCUCAGCCUGCUGUGCCCGACGAGGAAAAUCAGAACCCGCGGCCACACCUUGAAUGCGAGCACCGUGACUCUUGACAUCAAAGCUGAGUUUGACGGCGCCAUCUCAGUCGAGGUGACUCACUGGGCCGGUGCGCUCAGCAAGGGUCCUCAUUUCGAGCUGUUCCCCGAUGGCAGACCAGACGUCAGGGCGCAGAUUCAGAAGGGCGACAAGGGCACGACUUUAUCAUCGGGCUCGCUGUCCGCCACCAUUCAUCCGGAUUUUAAUGUCCAGUUCCACAGUACCGACGGAUCCAAGCAGCUGACAUCCCUUGGGAACCGAAGCGUCGGCUUCGCAUACAACCCUGCCCCAAACACGCCAAUGCAGACCGGUGACAUGCGCGACUUCAAGCACUACAUGUUCACCCAGACCACUCUCGGUGUCGGAGAAACCAUACACGGCCUCGGCGAGAGAUUCGGCGCUUACAACAAGGUCGGCCAAUCCAUUUCCCUGUGGAACGCCGACGGUGGUACGUCUAGUGAGCAGGCCUACAAGAACGUCUCCUUCUGGCUCAGCUCCAGGGGUUACGGCGUCUUCAUCGAUACGCCCGGCAAGGUGGAGCUUGAGAUCGGAAGCGAGCGCUGCAACCGCCUGCAGACCGUGGUCGAGGGCCAGAGACUCAAAUGGUACAUCAUCUACGGCCCCACACCCAAGGAUGUCCUGAAGCGCUAUACUACGCUCACGGGCAGGGCGGGCAGGGUGCCCAGCUGGAGUUUUGGCCUCUGGCUGACGACAAGCUUCACGACAAACUAUGAUGAGCAGACAGUCAACACCUUUCUCGAGGGCAUGAAGGCUCGCGGUUCGCCAGUCGACGUCUUCCACUACGACUGUUUCUGGAUGAAGGCCUUCACCUGGACCGACUUCGUCUUCGACUCAGAGCGCUUCCCUGACCCCAAGGCGCAGAUCGCCCGGCUCAAGGAAUCGGGCCUCUGCAAAAAGGUCUGCGUGUGGAUCAACCCGUACAUCGCGCAGCAUGGCGAGGCGUUCCGGGAGGCCUCCGAGAAGGGCUACCUCGUGAAGCGCAAGAACGGCGACGUGUGGCAGUGGGACCUCUGGCAAGCCGGCAUGGGCCUUGUCGACUUCACUAACACCGAUGCGUGCCGGUGGUACGAGGAUAAACUCAACAUGCUCUUUGACCAGGGCGUCGACUCCAUCAAGACGGAUUUUGGCGAGCGGAUCCCCUCCCUCGAUGUCGAGUGGCACGACAAGACGGUCGACCCAGUCAGGAUGCAUAACUACUAUGCCUUCCUUUACAACAAGGUCGUCUACGAGGCGCUCCAGAAGCGCUACGGCCAAAACGAGGCCGUCCUGUUCGCCAGAGCCGCCUGUGCCGGCACCCAGCGGUUCCCCCUGCAGUGGGGCGGCGACUGCGAGUCCACGCCCGAGGCCAUGGCUGAGUCGAUCCGUGGUGGCCUCAGCCUGGGCCUCAGCGGCUUCUCCUUCUGGAGCUGCGACAUUGGCGGCUUCGAGGGCUACCCGCCGCCCUGGAUUUACAAACGUUGGGUGGCCAUGGGCCUGCUCUGCAGCCACAGCAGACUCCACGGCAGCAGCUCGUACCGUGUGCCGUGGAUCAUUGACGAUGACGACGCUAGCGAUGAGGGCUGCUCGCGCACACUAGCCAAGUGGACGGCGCUCAAGUCGCGCCUGAUGCCGUACAUCUUCUCCGAGGCGCAGGCCGCCGUGGAGCAAGGGAUUCCCCUUUCCUUGCGCGCCAUGUGCAUCGAGUUCCCCGAGGAUCCGACGUCCUGGUACCUCGACCGCCAGUUCAUGCUGGGGCCCAGCAUUCUGGUUGCGCCCAUCUUUGAGGAGUCGGGCGAGGUCGAGUUCUACCUGCCCGAGGGGCGCUGGACCUCAUUUUUCUCGGACGACACCCGCGACGGACCCGGCUGGUUCAAGGAGACGCACAAUUUUGGCUCGCUGCCGCUUUACGUGCGCGAGAACACGGUACUCGUCCUGGGCAAUGAAGGAGUCGUCGGCGCUGUGUACGACUAUAAUGUAGAUGUCGAAGUCAGGCUGUACCAGGUCAAGGAGGGCGCCAGGGCAACGAUCGUUGAUAGCGAGGGACAUAAGGUUGGCGUUCUGGAAGUCGGCGGAGACGGUAAGCUCAAGGACACUGCGGUCCUAAUGGGCGACUUUCGCGUCAUGAAGCUUUAA